AUGGUUUCGUUUGUAGGAACAAAUGUUAUGGGAGCAUCAUUCGAAAUCACCGAUCGGUAUUCGGAUUUAGAACCCAGGGGCUGUGGCAGCUCUGGAAUGAUCUGCUCAGCACGAGACUCAAUUUCAAACUCCACGGUCGCUAUUAAGAAAAUCAUUUCACCAUUUGACACUCCAGCCUUGGCUAAACGCACGUAUCGCGAAGUCCAUUUGCUAAGUCACCUACGGCAUGACAACCUAAUCAAUAUGACCGAUAUCUUUAUCUCUCCGUCAGAAGAUCUAUACAUUGUGACAGAGUGCAUUAUGACAGAUCUUCAUCACCUAUUGAGCGCGACUUCCAAAUCGCUAGAAGGUCAAUUUACACAGUUCUUUACCUACCAAAUGCUGCGAGGAAUGAAAUACAUCCAUUCAGCUGGAAUUAUUCAUCGUGAUCUCAAGCCCAGCAACAUCCUGAUCAAUGACAACUGCGAUCUCAAGAUUUGCGACUUUGGCUUGGCGCGAGAACAAGAUGCCCAGAUGACAGGCUACGUUUCCACGCGGUACUACCGUGCUCCCGAGAUCAUGUUGACAUGGCAAAAAUACACAUAUGCCGUCGAUAUGUGGAGUGUCGGAUGCAUUUUAGCAGAAAUGAUUAUCGGGAAGCCUUUGUUCCCCGGGAAGGACCAUGUCCAUCAGUUCAAGCUUAUUACCGAGAUUUUGGGAAAGCCUUCCGAAGAGGUGAUGAAGAGAAUUUUCAGCGAGAGUACAUUGAAAUUUGUGAACUCGCUACCAGACACAGAACCCCGUGGGCUUGCGUCGGUUGUUGGGGACGCCGACCCCCAAGCAAUGGACCUUCUUGGGAAAAUGCUGCAAAUCGAUCCUUACAAGCGAAUCACCACAGAGGAGGCCUUGAAGCACCCAUAUGUCUUGACUUAUCAAGAUUCUGAUGACGAGCCAGUUUGCAAAAAGCAACUUGAUUGGUCGCUGCUGGAUUCAGAGCUUUCAGCAACCGAGUGGAAGAAUUCGAUGUAUUCCGAAAUUUUGGAUUAUCACAGCGGAUCUUGUGACUGGCAAUAUGACCACGUUCCCCCUACAGGGAAGGUUCAGAACAUGUUGGCCGAGGAAAUGGGUGGAACCUAUUAG